CCCCGCGCCCCGCGGGGCUCCGGAGCCCCGGCACGCGGGCUGGAAGCGACUGAGGACCGCCGCCGCGGGCUGCGGGCCAGCACCGUCCCUCCCGGAGGGGGACCCGGCUAUGACAGCUGGGCUCCCGCAAGGGUUAACCUGGGUGUCCUCGGCAAAGUUGUCGCCGAGCCGGGAGCCGGCGUAGCGGCCGCGGCGCCGCGGCUCGGGGGGCGGCCGGGCGGCCGGCGGCGGUCGUGGCUCGGCGGGGCCCGCGCGGCCGGGGGGCUUCUGGGGGCGUGCGCCCCCAGCCGGCUGCCCUCGUGGAUGCCUCCCGGCGGCGGCGGGCCCAUGAAAGACUGCGAGUACAGUCAGAUCAGCACCCACAGCUCCUCCCCCAUGGAGUCGCCCCACAAGAAGAAGAAAAUCGCGGCGCGGAGGAAAUGGGAGGUUUUCCCGGGAAGAAACAAGUUCUUCUGCAACGGCAGGAUCAUGAUGGCCCGGCAGACGGGCGUCUUCUACCUGACUCUCAUCCUCAUCCUGGUCACUAGCGGACUCUUCUUCGCCUUCGACUGCCCGUAUCUAGCAGUGAAAAUCACCCCCGCCAUCCCCGUGGUUGGUGGCAUUCUGUUCUUCUUUGUGAUGGGGACCCUGCUUCGCACCAGCUUCAGUGACCCGGGAGUCCUUCCGCGAGCCACGCCGGAUGAAGCCGCCGACCUGGAAAGGCAAAUAGAUAUCGCAAACGGCACCAGUUCAGGGGGGUACCGCCCGCCUCCCAGAACCAAAGAAGUCAUCAUCAAUGGCCAGACUGUGAAACUUAAAUAUUGUUUCACCUGCAAGAUUUUCCGGCCCCCUCGUGCCUCUCAUUGUAGCCUUUGCGAUAACUGCGUAGAACGGUUUGAUCACCACUGUCCCUGGGUAGGCAACUGUGUGGGGAAAAGAAACUACAGAUUUUUUUAUAUGUUUAUUUUAUCUCUGUCUUUUCUGACAGUCUUUAUACUUGCAUUCGUUAUCACCCACGUCAUUCUUCGUUCACAACAAACAGGAUUCCUAAAUGCUCUUAAGGACAGUCCUGCGAGUGUGCUGGAGGCCGUGGUGUGCUUCUUCUCCGUCUGGUCUAUCGUCGGCCUCUCGGGUUUCCACACAUACCUGAUCAGCUCCAACCAGACGACAAAUGAAGAUAUUAAAGGAUCUUGGUCAAAUAAAAGAGGUAAAGAAAAUUACAAUCCCUACAGCUACGGAAAUAUCUUUACAAAUUGCUGUGUUGCCCUGUGUGGGCCCAUCUCUCCAAGCCUCAUUGACAGAAGAGGAUACAUCCAGCCUGACACACCGCAGCCAGCCGCACCCUCCAAUGGCAUUGCCGCCUACGGAGCCACGCAGUCACAGAGCGACAUGUGUGACCAAGACCAGUGCAUUCAGAGCACCAAAUUCGUUUUGCAGGCCGCGGCCACGCCCCUGCUGCAGAGCGAGCCUAGCCUCACCAGCGACGAGCUGCACCUGCCCGGGAAGCCGGGCCUGGGCACUCCCUGUGCCAGCCUGACGCUGGGGCAGCCCACGCCGCCCUCCUCCAUGCCCAACCUCACCGCGGAGGCCGCGCUGACAGACAUACUGCCCCUGAAAGAGGAGCACGUGGGCCACCAGUUUCUGACUCCAGAGGAAGCGCCCUCGCCGCCCAGGAUGCUGGCGGGCAGCCCCCUGGCCCACAGCCGCACCAUGCACGUCCUCGGUCUGGCCAGCCAGGACUCUCUGCAUGAGGACUCUGUGCGCGGCCUGGUGAAGCUCAGCUCCGUGUGACCACAGCCCCGGGGGCUGCAGACAGUAGGAGCUUUCCCAUGACCCAACUCCGUGGUGGUGAGGACAACUCCAGUCCUGGGGCACAGAGACUACCGGGAGAGUGAAUGGAUCCCCGCUCCGUGGCAGACGAGGGCAGGGCCCAAAUGCCCACGGCUUGGUUUAGUUGAAUUUUCUUCCCCAGCCUGACUGCCUUGAUAACAAUGAAAAUAAGAGAAGUAGCUGUUUGCCAGCAUUUGGAGUCUGAGGGGGGUGGGCCUGGGAGAGAGGAGACUCAGGGCUGCAGAGUCCGGGAGGAAAGGACAGUGUUCUGCUGCCUGCUUGCUGCUCUUGUGACGGACGCACGGAAAGUCGAGGACCCUUGUGGCCAGACUGAAAUUGCACCUGAGUGUUAUGCUACUAAUAUCUGAAAUAGACAUGCCAUUCCAUUUGUUAAUUUAAAAAAAAAAAAAAAAAAAACCUAAAAGGGGAAAAAAAUGACCGGAUCUGGAUUUGCAUGCCACACUACGUCUGCUCACAGUGGUGUUGGUAUUCAAACGGAAGUGCUGCUUGCUCGCUUUCUUUCUUCUAAUUUGGUGAAUCUUCAAGUGCUGUUUUACGGGAAGACAGUGCGACACACACGGAGACUCGUGGGACGAUGCCAUCACUCACCGGCUUCUUCAGCUUCAUUAUCCAGGGGUCGGCGGAGCCCCGGGCUGCAGAGGGUCACUGGGGUUUUAUCCUAUCCAGUAUCAGCUAACCUUCUGUUUAGUAGUUAGAUGAGGUAUUGUGUUGUACCACACCUGCCACAGCCUCCACCUCCUUGUGUGACCAAACUUCCUGUGGACAGCCAAUAAAAUGACGUCCUCUGUUA